AUAAGAAUGGGAAAGGGGUAACAGAGAGUAGACAAAAUAGAAGAGAGAGAAUUAGAGUGUGUUCAGUGUGAAAAAAAUUGAUAAAACAGAGAAAGAGACAGCCAGCCACCACUAACAGUGAAAACAAACAAGCAUAAAGAGAGAGUAAGAUUGGGGUUUAUUAUCAGGAAUUCCCUGGGAGUUUGAUGUCUGGGUUUGAUUUGGAACUGAUUGGAGCUCAGUUGCAGCUCUUUGUUUAUGCUUCUGCUCUCUGUAUGGUACUUUGCUCACUGUUGAACACAACUGUUUCGAUGCGUUUGAGGCCAAAACGGACUUUUUCUGGCGUUGUAAUUUGUUACGGAAGCUUUCACAUAAAAAUCUUUUCUAAUCUCUUUCUCUUUUUAAGAGUGGAUCUGACUUGAUACUCUUGAAAUUGUGAAGAUUUUGUUUCCUUUUUAUUUUUAAUUUUUUAAAAUUUUGUUUUGAUACCUUGAAAAGUUAGUUUCUUGGUAUUUUGAGGGGUGUUGUGAGUUUUUUUUUUUUUUUUUUUAAACCAAAUUUUCACCAUGUCGGAGCCUAAGAAACAACCGGCUAGUCAGAAUCAGUCUAGAAGAUUAAAACACAAGAACAAUCGUGAAUCCAAAUGGACGAGGAAAUUGCGCAUCAUUUAUGACGAUCCUGAUGCUACUGACUCUUCAUCAGAUGAAGGCGAGAGCUUUGACAAGCUUGGGAAGAUGAAGAGAACAGUGCGUGAGCUCACUUUCACUCUUCCCCUACCUUCAGUGAACCCUGUUACUGUCAAUGCUGAUGAGACUAGCACUGAGAACUCGUUCAACCACGGAUUGAACAGGAAGAGUGUUUCAGCCAAAAACCCUUUAAUGAAUCGGGUUUCAGCCAAAAAUCCUUCAAUGGAGAGACAAUCUUCUGGCAAAUACAAAGGCGUUCGAAUGAGGAAAUGGGGCAAAUGGGCUGCAGAGAUUCGUGACCCUUUUAAGGGUGAACGUGUCUGGUUGGGCACUUUUAACACUGCAGAAGAGGCUUCCAAUGCCUAUGAGACCAAAAGGCUUGAAAUUGAAGCUAUGGCUAAGGCUCUAUCUAAUGAGAAGAACAAAAACAACAAUGUUGUUGUUUCUGCUGAAGCUAUGGCUACCCAAGAAAAGAGCAACUACUACUGUGCUUCUUCUGCUGCUGUUUCUGCAACAGACUCCAAGUCUGCUGCAUUGGAUGACUCAGAGUGUGUCUUGUCCCAUGCAUCACCUUCUUCUGUGCUCGAACUGGAUAUCUCAGCUUCCAAUUUGAUUGAGAGUGGUAAGGUUUCAAGCAGCGAAGCUGUUGAGACCAAUGGUUUGGAGGCUGAAUUUGCAGAAAUGCCAGGUUUUAGUCUGUUGAAUGUGCCAUCCCCAUCUGCUGUCGCUGCUUGUACCCCAUCUCGGCUUGAGUUGGAUUGUUUGGUGUUUGAUGAUUUUGGGCAGAGCUAUGAUGAUGAUCUUGGUGGCCUAGAGGACAUUCAACUUUAUGGUUUUGAUGACAAUGAGCCUAGUGCACUUCCCGAUUAUGAUUUUGAUGACUUUGGUGCUGAUGAGUAUGCUGGUUGGAUUGAAGAACCCCUCAAUAUACCGUGCGUAUAAAUUUUGCAGCUAUACAGGAAUGAGUUAUCCUAGAGUACUAUUACUACAUUGCAAGUUUUGUUCUAUUGCAUGAAAGUUUGUAUUUUUCUGUGAUAUUAGGAACUGCAAACACGUUUUGAGUUGAGUUUUAAUUUAUUUGUUUCUUGAGAUGUAAGUUCAAUGAGAUGUAAAGAGAUAAUACCUUUGGUUUUUCUGUGCUGUUAGAGCAGUCCAAGGGUUUGUAUUUCUUAUUAUCAAUCAAAGUUCAACGGAGAGUGUAGAAUAUUAUCUAUUUUGAAUUUUUUUUGUUUUUGUUUUGUAUGUGUUGGAUAAUAUGCAG